AUGUCGACCGACCUCGGCUCGGAGCAGCCUACGUCUUCAGGUUCAAAUGAUGAGGUAUACGAGCAAGAGCACGUCCAUAAUGUGUACCAGAAAAUAGCUAGUCAUUUCUCAUCUACCAGAUACAAACCCUGGCCGAUUGUCGAACGGUUUCUACAAAGCCAGAAACCAGGCUCAAUUGGGCUGGAUAUUGGAUGCGGCAAUGGCAAAUAUCUUACUGUGAACCGGGAUAUAUACAUAAUUGCGUCAGAUAGGUCUGAGGCUCUUGCCAAAAUCGCAGCACAACACCAACCACACUCAACAGUCGUGGCGGAUAUUCUUAGUCUACCGCAUCCUGAUUCCUAUUUCGAUUUUGCUAUAUCAAUUGCCGUGGUACACCAUCUCUCAACGGCGGAACGCAGAGUCCAGGCGAUAUCCGCGAUACUGCAGACAUUGAAACCAUCUCCCGAUGAUACAGAAGCAGGCGGGGAAGCACUGGUAUACGUGUGGGCACUGGAGCAAAAUUCAAGCCGCAGAGGAUGGGACAAAGGAGAUCAACAGGACGUCAUGGUUCCGUGGGUUCUACGCAGCAGUCCGGCUGCUGCCAAUGCCCCAGAAACCGACAAAGUAUUCCACCGAUACUACCACCUUUACGAGGAAGGCGAGCUCGAAAGGGACAUAUACGCUGCAGGUGGCCGUGUUUUAAAAUCGGGUUAUGAAAAGGAUAACUGGUGGGCCAUAGCCACACGAAGUUUUCAGCGAAAGCAAUAG